GCCGUGCAAGGUUGAUUGAUUUUGGUCUUUCCACUAUUGUCCGACCCCUUCUCGGCCAGUCGCAACUGGCUGCGACAUCUAUAAACCCAGGCGCAAUCCACUAUGCAGCACCAGAGCUUGUUCUGUCAGACAAUGUCCGUGGCCUGCCUCUGGAAAAAACUCAUAUAUACUCUUUUGGUUGUGUAAUGCUUCAAGUGAGUCGGUGGUUUGGCCACGAAAUGUUUGCCCGAGGACUCAUUCAACAGAUUCUCUCUGGCCGACACCCUUGGUCUGAGAUCAAGCCUGAAAAGUCGGAAUUGCGUAUCGUUGCUUUGAUAUUAGAAGGUCAUGGACCGCAGCGCCCCGACGGCCAUCCUGCAAUAAUAGACUCAGAUUGGGUCAUUAUACAAAGGUGUCUGUUACGCAAGCCCGAAUUUCGACCUUCAGCAAAUGAAGUACUUUGCGCACAUACGAAGCCACCAAACUUCAUUAUCUUCGGCGAAACGGGCGUAGGAAAAAGCGCAUUGGUAAUUCUCAUUGCUGGGGAAGAACUCGCCAAGACCUUUUCCGGUGCACAGUUGUGCACACUCGAAUCAACUGAGUAUCCGGUCACGUUUUCGGAUUCCCGGCUUAAUGUGAAUCUGUUUGACACAGCUAGCUUUAACUCCCCCACUAUGUAUAUUGCGAGCUAUCUAGAUACCUUAGUGAAGGUACACGAACUCAUCGUCUCGCUCAAGAACCGAGGAGGUGUACAUGGCUUGCUUUUCUGCAUCAAGGCUGGCAGAACGUCGAACACUAUGCAGCAGAACUACAGAUUAUUCUUUGGGUUCCUGUGCCAAGAGCAGGUGCCUCUUGCCCUGGCACAUAUCGAAAACUCCGGUAUUGUCACCGUUGCGCAUGUCUGCAUCAUAACUAUUAAGGGCUACCAAAACGCAUACGAAGCCAGAUACUUCGAAUCCAGGAAGAAGGUGCUAAAUGUGCUUAUGGAACUUGGAAGUCGUGACGCGUGCUUGGUGGAUGUGAAUGAUUGGUUUGCGCGAAUGUGCAAGAAGCUGCGAGAGUUUUUGAUUCCAGGCAGGGGGCAUUUGCGGUCAGGGGUGAAUCGUGAUAAGAUGGCACAGGCGCUUGUUGCAAGCUUUCCAAGCAAGAUGCGAUGCGGCUUCUUCAAAGAUAUCCGCUAUUGAGUACUACCUAGUACGAGACCCUGGUAGUGUUGACCACUCUAUUAGUACAUGCAAACGCCUGACUCCUGAGUUCAACAUUAGAAAAUAUCCAACGCACGUCCAUACCCUCCUGAACUGCCUCGUUUCCUAGUCUCGACAUUCUAGUCUCUCCU